AUGGCCCCGCUGACGGUAAUGAUGGUGGCCGAAAAACCGAUGCUUGCUGAAUCUAUUGCAAAAAUCCUUGCUGAUGGAAAAGUUGAGAAAAGAAAAGGUUGGAACAAUGUUUGUUCGGUUUCCGAAUACUGUGGACAGUUCCAAGGACAGUCAGCUCUAUUCAAGGUAACAAGUACUUGUGGUCACAUAAUGUCUUUGGAUUUUCCUUCAAAAAUGAAUAAUUGGGAAAAAGUCGAUCCAGUUCAGUUGUUUUCAUCGUCAACCGUGAAAAGGGAAGCAAAUCCAAAAAUGCGAAUGAAUGAGUAUCUUGCUUCGGAAGCAAAAGGUUGUGAUUUUCUGGUAUUAUGGUUGGAUUGCGAUAAAGAGGGCGAAAAUAUUUGCUUUGAACCACUAUCAACUUUAAUAUUGGGCUCCAUUCAAAUGGGAGGAGGAAGAGGAGGUGAAGGAAGGGCGCAUUUCUCAGCCAUCACUGCAAAAGAUAUUAAGUCGGCAAUGCGAAAUCUUGGUCGUCCUAAUAUCAAUGAAAGUUUAUCCGUUGAUGCGCGUCAAGAAUUAGAUCUGAGGAUCGGUUGUGCCUUCACACGCUUCCAAACGCAAUAUUUCCAAGGUAAAUAUGGUAAUCUUGAUAGCACAACCAUAUCAUUUGGUCCAUGUCAGACACCAACAUUAGGAUUCUGUGUAACUCGCCAUGAUUUGAUUACGCAAUUUGAGCCAGAGUCAUACUGGGUUUUAGAGACAGUCUUCGAAACUUCAGCAGGUGAUAAUUUAAAACCGAUUCAUGCCAAAGGCCGUAUAUUUGAUAAAGAUGUUUGUCAGCUGUUCUUUGAUCGAAUCAAAAAGCAGAACCAAGGUGUUGUUGUUGAUGUGGACAGUUCGGAGUUCCGAAAAGAGCGUCCACAAGCUCUCAAUACUGUUGAAUUAUUGAGGGUUGCUAGCAGUGGCCUAGGUCUCAGUCCAGCACAAACAAUGAAUACCGCAGAAUAUCUUUACACUAGGGGUUUUAUAAGUUAUCCACGAACGGAAACUACAGCAUAUCCUUCAAAUUUUGAUUUUUCUGAAGCCUUGCGACAUCAACAAAACGAUAUUCGCUGGAAAGAUAUUGUAAAAAAGUUGUUAUCAGAAGGAAUAACAACGCCUCGUAAUGGCGAAGAUAAAGGUGACCAUCCGCCGAUAUCACCUUUGCGUGGCAAUGAUGGUUCACUCACUGGAGAUGCUUUAAAAGUAUACGACUAUAUCGCACAGCACUUUAUUGCAACAUUGAUGAAACCUUGUACAUAUCUUGUCACGAGUGUAAAAAUCGAUAUCGCAAACGAAGUAUUUAUUGCAAAAAGUAAGUGUAUUAUCAAUUUGGGUUAUACAGAAAUUAUGGUCUGGCAAAAAAUUGAGGAAGACCCACAAAAUUAUAAUAUAGUCAAAGGCACAAAGGUCAAUUUAAAAGAUGGAAAAAUAUGUGAGUACGCAACAACUCCACCGGAUUACCUCACUGAGUCAGAGUUGAUCUCAUUAAUGGAAAAACAUGGCAUCGGGACGGAUGCUUCUAUCCCCGUUCACAUUAGCAAUAUUUGUCAGCGGAACUAUGUUACUGUUGAAUCCAGAAGGCGUUUAAAACCAACAAAACUAGGCAUUGCGCUUGUACAUGGCUAUUGGAAAAUAGAUUCGGAACUGGUAUUACCUACAAUGCGAUCUGAAGUUGAAAGUCAGUUAAAUCUCAUAGCUAAGGGAUAUGCCGAUUUCUGUUCUGUCAAAAAUCAUGUGCUUGAGAAUUUUCGCCUUAAAUUUAUCUACUUUGUAGAAAAUAUUGGUCUUGUGGAUUCUCUUUUCGAAGAUUCAUUCACAUCACUUGCUGCUUCGGGAAAACCAUUUAGCAGGUGUGGAAAAUGUCGACGUUUUAUGAAACUUGUUGCUUCCAAACCACAACGUUUGCAUUGCCCAAACUGUCAGGAUACGUAUUCAUUGCCUUCUGCUAAAGAUGGGCUAUUAAGGCUUCAUGGUGAAAACAAGUGCCCUCUGGAUGAUUUUGACUUGAUUUACUGGCAAGGUCCUGGAGGGAAAUUAUCGAUGUCAUAUGCACUUUGUCCUUAUUGUUAUAACAAUCCGCCAUUUGAGGGGAUGAGAAAAGGUUCAGGAUGUCACGAAUGUUCUAACCCUGUGUGUCCUCAUUCGUUUCUAACGUUGGGAGUGGUGCAGUGUCCACGUCAGUGUGAUGCUGGUCAUGGAGUAUUAGUAUUAGAUCCGCAAUCUGCACCAAAAUGGCGCAUUUCUUGUAACAGGUGUUCCGCUGUUGUCGCUGUUUUUGAAGGUGCACUGCGCGUUAAAAUUCUUGCCAAGCAGUGCAUGAGUUGUGGUGCACAGCUGUUUUUUGUUGAAUAUAAGGAUAGGUCACCCUUGCCGGAGGAAAGAACCACGUAUAGAGGUUGUAUUUUUUGCGACAAAUCCAUUUCACAUUUGGUAAAUUUGAAUCAUGCAUAUAGUGUUGAGCAGCCUAUUCAACGGCGACAUAUCAAUGUGCGACAAAAACGCGGCGCUAGUGCAUCGAUGAAAUCGAUGAAAAGUCGCGGUCGAACUGCACCGAGGAGAUGA